UUUUCCGGUAAUGGCGGCCACCGGUUGUUCGCCGCUCACUCCGAAGGCACGGCCAGAGACACAGAGGGGCGGUUCGUGAAUGUGAUUUGCCGACGGCGAUGCUAACACUAACUGUAAUACUAACGGCGAGAGUAACGGGAAUGACAGCGGUAAAGGUGCCGAUCCAUACCCACAGUCGAAUGUGUGUUUGAGUGCUUAUGUUGAAAAUCGGGUGACUUUCCGCCUGCUAGUGUUUUAAAAAAUUCGGAUCGAGCUUGCAGCAGUGUCCACAAGUGCGAGUGCAGAUAGCAGAGUCCACAAACAGAACACACCCAUACUCCGCUGAUAGUGCACACCCCUCCGCAUCCACACCUGCAGCCAGAGGCCGCUAGCACGGACAAGGAACACCGCAGGGACGGGCCACAACCGAAUCAAUUGGAAUUCAACAGCCAGAGGCGGAUUCUCUGGUUGGGGAGACUGAGACCCAUUGAUGUAGCAGCGAUGGGGGCCAAUACAUCGAGCAGAGCAGACGCGAGUCUGCUCGCCGACGAUGACGCCCGGCCUUGAUUGGACAACGUUUUGAAAUCGAAAGCGCUCACGGACCUAACCGAGUGGCCGAGGACGGGGGGCAUGGAGCUGUGGCGAAUUGACGAACUGUGCCUGGUGAAAAUAUUGAAAUGCCUUGCUCUGCCUGACCAGCUGGCCAUGCUCCAGAGCUGCGAGCGGUGUCGAGCACUCCUGGGGCGCAUCUGGCGCAUGCAGCUGACCAAGAUAGAGCUCAACCUGCUGGAGGUGCCGCUGCAAAAGGACGACUUCGACUUCCUUCUGAACAAUGGCCGUGCGCAGCUGAACCAGCUGAGGCUCUACUACCUGGCCAGGGAGCAUUUCGAGGUGCUUGUCGAGCACAGCUUUCCCAAGCUGCUGCUUUUGGAGGUCGAUGUUCUGCCUCCGUUCUUCCUGUGCCCACGACUACUACAUCAGCUGAGGCAGACCAUGCCGAGGUACCCUAACGAACGGUAGGAUCUAAUGAUGGGACGCCAUGAGACUGCCAGCUCCAUUAAAUGCCAGACUCUUAUUCCAGUUAAUUUUGACCACUUCCAAAUACUUCGUGCCAUCGGCAAGGGAAGUUUUGGCAAGGUCUGCAUAGUGCAGAAGCGUGACAGUGGCAUUCUUUAUGCCAUGAAGUAUGUGAGUCGCAACGCCUGCGAAAUGCGUGGAGCGCUUGGCGGUGUCAUCAAGGAGGUUGAGCUGCUAUCCUCAUUGGAGCAUCCGUUUCUAGUCAAUUUAUGGUUCUCGUUUCAGGACGAGGAGGACUUAUUCAUGGUAUGUGACCUGUUGACUGGUGGCGAUUUGAGAUAUCACUUACAGAACCGGGUUGAAUUUUCCGAGCAGAGUGUGGCCUUAUUAGUUUGCGAACUUGGUAGUGCGCUGGAGUACCUGCAGACACAACGGGUGGUCCAUAGAGACAUCAAGCCAGAUAAUAUUCUAUUGGAUGAUGGCGGACACGCUCAUUUGACUGAUUUUAAUAUUGCGACAAGGCUGCAGAAAGAUGCGAUGGCCUGCAGCAUGUCGGGGACGAAGCCGUACAUGGCGCCAGAGGUGUUUUUGUGCGCCCUGGACGAAGUGGCUGGCUAUAGCUACCCAGUGGACUGGUGGUCCCUGGGCGUUGUGGCCUACGAGAUGCGAAGAAACGUCCGCCCUUUUGUGGUGCACUCGAACACGCCCCUGGCGGAUAUCAAGAACAUCCUGAACACACCAGUGCACUAUCCCCGCUAUUGGAGCAGCAACUUCAUUGAUCUGCUGCAAAAGCUGCUCUCCACGUAUCCCGGCGGCAGGGUCAGCACCCAGCAGGAGCUGCAUCAGACCCCGUUGCUGAGGAACAUUGAUUUUCAGCAGGUGCUCGAGAAGAAAAUAAAGCCCAUCUUCAAGCCGCCCGAAGACCACCUGAACUGCGACCCCUGCCUGGAACUGGAGGAGAUGAUUGUGGAGACGCGGCCGUUGCACAAAAAAAAGAAGCGUCUAGCAAAACAGCGGUCAGCGCAACGAGACAGCGAUCCCGAGACCGUGCUCGUCAAAGAGUUCAUCGUAUACAAUCGCUACAAAGAGCUCAAGCGAAGGAACAUGGAACAGAAAGAGAACGACUGGCAGCGUGAGCUCGAGUUGGCCAUGGCCAACUCUAUAGUCAACAGCUUGGCCCCCAUACAAGAGAGGCCCGCUUCGUCCACUUCCACGUCUAUUAGCCAUGCAGCAAAUCCCACGAUCCCCACUCCCACCACGGCGCACGCGCCAGCUGUCACGAAUUCACCAUCUAGAAGCUCAAGGUGCUCCGCCUGCAAAGAGAGUGACAGCAUUGAAUUCAUAGAUCGCACGCCGUCCCCGCAGGGCACAUCCGGCGGAGCCAUUGCUGCCACCCCGACACAGCUCUGCACCACUUUGGCAACGAGCACGGCACAAAAGUAGUGUCAAACUAUGACUGUCUCCCGAACCCUCCCUCCGCAAAAAACUAAUGAUAAAUAUGUACACAUGUAUAAUCAUAUGACAACGUAACAGGUUUCACUGCGAACACACCCAAACACAUAGCCUGCACCGAACCGAACGAUGAUUGGGCGACCAGCACCUAUUUUUCGAGUUCCGCUGAACGUGUAGAUAUAAUACAUAAAACUAAAAAUAAUUUAUAAUUGGAUGUCUUUAAGGGUAUUUAUAUAAUUUAUCUAAGUCUUAAGUCUAAGUCCCUUUGUACAUAUGUGCGUAUGUGUGGUUAGAUGUUAGCUGAAAUCAAAAUAAAUGUAAAGAGGCGCUGCACCGAGCGGGGUUGGUUUACCUCUUUUCGGAUGUUCGCAAGAGCUCAAUCAAACUGGCUGCGUUAUUUCGAUUUUUUUUGUAGUUUUUAUUUCAAGUUAUAUUUUAUUCAUGUUUCACAUAUUUUUUGUAAUGCCUUUCUUUGUAUAAAAAAGAGUAAAUAAUUAUGUUCUGUAUGUAUAAUUGUUGUAUUCACGCACUUGUUGAUCUCUCUUUAUUUAUUUUAGUUUUGGGUUGGUGUAAUUAUUGGAUUGGUGUUUUUGUCGAAAGGGGCAAAACACUAACCAAAUUACGAUAAUAAACUAAUCCCCUUCUGUAUAUUAUUUAUCAGAAAAAUGCAACAUGUUAAUAAUUUUUAAUUUCUCUGGUUCUAUACGCGGUCUCUCGAUUUCAUUUGUGGGCUUUCACGGUUAGGUUAAAUUUACAUGUGACGAAUAUCAUUUUAACAUCUUCCCACCAUCACUCCAAUCUCACACACCCCGUCGUCAGCAGCUCAACUGCAGUGUGUGCAGGGGUGUGGUGCGGUCGGAAGAUGGACGCUGGUUCUCGUUGCGAGUGUGAGAAUGUAGAUAAAUAAUCA